UAAAAUUUUGCCACACGCACAACUCUUUUUUGCCUCCGAAAAAACAUGAAAUAUUCCAACAAACAAAAAUCCCAACAUAGAAUCUGACCCAAAAUGUCAAAAAUCUGAGAGCUUUUUCUAAAAAAAGUUGAGGGAACCCUUUAAAAAUAGAAUUCUUGAUCAUAUAUAUAAUUCAUCUCCUUCUUGAACCUUUGCUAAAUUCUUUUUUUUCCUUUUUUUUUUUUUUUUUUUAAGUAUUUGUUGCAAAGGAACCAAAGGGUGGUGGGUUCUUGUUCUGCAUGGCAUUUUGAAGGCUAAAGAUACAAUUUUUAUGUGCAUACAUAUUCAUUUUAGGUGUAAAAAUUGAAUCUUGUAUUGUUCAUUAGGAGUUCUUGAUGUUGGAUGCUAAAUAGGGGCCAUAAUCCAUCUGAUUUCUCGUUGAAUAGCCUGGAAGGCUAAAGAGAUCAUAUAUCUAGUUGAGACAUAUACAUUUGAUAUAUUUGUAUAUAUAUAAACAUUUGUGUAUAUUUCAAUUCUCCCUUUUAGAUGUUUGGAAUUCCAUGAAUUGGAUUGAAAUAAAUAGAGCUACAAAGGCCAAGGUUUUCUGGUUGUUUCUUGGAUUGCAUUGAGUGUUUCUUGAUUUACCUGAAAGAGGUUCUUGAAUACAUGCCAAAUAUAAUUAAAAGAAGGCCAGACUAUGGGAUGAUCAAUAUUAUAAUGAGAAGGGUAGCCUAUGCAUUUGGUUUUGUUGCUUUGCUUUGUGUUUGCUCAGCAAGAGAUUCAGAAGGGAAACGAAAGUUUCCCGGAAGCAAUUUAGAUGUUUCAGGUCUUUGGCAUGUUCCUGUGAUAGACGAAGAUACGGCCGAGCAAGUAUGGAUUCAUUGCAGAGAAGACUUAGAAGAGAGUACAGAAGCAGCAAAAUUUCUGGAAUAUUAUAUUCAACGAGCAGAAACAGGAAGUUAUAGUUGCUUAAAACAGGAUAUAGCUUUGUUGAGAAAAAGAACCUUACGAAACGCUAUUAAAGAUUUGCCUCCCGGACAGAAGCAGAUAUUGUUGCAGUGCUUAAGAAGGAAAAAUGUUCCACUUCAUGUUUAUGAUAAUGACGAUGCAUCCAGUACUUGGUUUAGCAAGUACCAAGAGCUUUUGGCACAAUUGUCCAGCGUUCCCAGGAGGUACCUAAGAGGAAAAAAGCAUCCAUUUUUGAGAAAAAAACAUGCUCCAGUUCCAUCCCUCGCUCCAUCUCCAGGGCCCGUCCCGGUUCCAACCCUCUCUCCAUCUCCUGGGCCCAGCCCGGUUCCAACCAUUGCUCCAUCUCCGGGGCCCCGCCCUUUUCCAACCCUCGCUCCAUCUCCAGGCCCCGCAACUGUAUCGCCAAUUUAUGCUCCAGUUCCUUCUACUGAGGUGCCCGCUAGCUCUCCAACUCUGCAGCCUCCUUCUCCAGUUAUAAAACCUCCUGCAAAGCCUCCAAAACCUCAAAUUAGCACCAAUUCUUCUAAACCUUUGCCUGUUCAUCCUCCAGCUAAACCACAAAAUGGUCAUAAUUCUCCUGGAAAUAAUCAGCAGCAUCGAAAUUAUUUAAUUGCUGCAGUGGCUGGAUGUUCCGUCGCGGGAAUAGCCCUUUUAGCUAUGUUGCUAUUAUGUGUUAAGAAUAAAAAGAAAGAAGUAGCUCCAAAAGAUGGGCAAAGGGACGGGAAACCUCCUCUGAAUUUGAAUCCAGGUUCUUCUCUAAAUGUCAAGAGUGCGUCUGCUGUAGACGAUGCUGAUCCUCAUAAUACUUUCGAAGCAGAAGGGAAACUGUCGAAUGCAAAUGCUCACACACCAUUACCGCUUCCUCCGGGAAAAUCUGCACCUCCACCUCCUGGUCCACCACCACCUCCUCCUCCUAAACCACCUGCUCCAAGCCCACCUCCACCUCCAAAAGUUGUUCGUCCUCCUAAUCCACCAAAACCUGGUAAUUUGCCAAAGCCUUCACCUCUUGGAGCCGCACAUCAGAGAGGACGUUCUUCUGGGACCGGGGGAAGUGACUCAUUGGGUGAAUCUGAUGCUCCAAGGACAAAAUUAAAACCAUUCUUCUGGGACAAGGUUCUUGCUAACCCUGACCACUCUAUGGUUUGGCAUGAAAUAAAAGCCGGCUCUUUCCAGUUUAAUGAGGAGAUGAUGGAGUCCUUAUUCGGAUAUAUACCAGGUGACCAAGGAAAAGAAGAUCGAAGAAAAGCUUCCUCAUCCUUUGACCAAACCUCACAGUAUAUUCAGAUUAUUGAUCCUAAGAAAUCGCAAAAUCUAGCAAUUCUUCUCAAAGCCUUAAAUGUGACAACAGAAGAAGUUUAUGAUGCUCUCGAGGAGGGUAAUGAACUGCCUCCUGAACUCUUACGAACUCUGUUGAAGAUGAAACCAACAAUGGAUGAAGAACUAAAACUCAGAUUAUUUGCCGGAGACAUUUCUCAGCUUGGUCCUGCUGAACGUUUUCUAAAGACCAUGGUUGCAAUUCCAUUUGCCUUCAAACGGAUGGAAGCAUUGUUGCUCAUGUGUUCUCUUCAGGAAGAAGUUUCUUCCAUUAAAGAGUCCUUUACGACCUUAGAGGUCGCAUGUAAGGAGCUGAGAAACAGCAGACUCUUCCUGAAACUUCUAGAGGCAGUUCUUAAAACUGGAAACCGCAUGAAUGAUGGCACCUUCCGUGGCGGUGCCCAGGCAUUCAAGCUCGACACGCUUUUGAAACUGUCAGAUGUGAAAGGAACUGAUGGAAAGACCACACUCUUGAACUUUGUAGUUCAGGAAAUUAUUCGAUCUGAAGGAUUAAAAGCAGCACGAAGAUUGAGAGAGAACCAAAGCACAUCCAGUGUGCAGACAGAAGAUCUUGCUCAGGACUCGGUCGAUUAUCAUCGCACCCUUGGUCUCCAGGUGGUUUCUGGUUUAAGCAACGAGCUACAGAAUGUAAAAAAAUCAUCACUUAUUGAUGGCGAGAACUUAAGUGCAGCUGUCAUGAAGCUUAGUCAGUCACUGGUGAAAACUAAAGAGUUUCUGGAGACGGAUAUGAGAAGUUUGGAGGAAGAAAGUAAGUUCCGCGUUACACUCACGGAUUUUAUCCAACACGCAGAACAGGAGAUUACUUGCAUACUAGAAGAAGAGAAAAGGAUAAUGUCUUUGGUUAAGAGCACAGGAGACUACUUCCAUGGAAAUGCAGGGAAGGACGAAGGCUUGCGUCUCUUUUCUGUUGUUAGUGAUUUCUUGAUUAUGUUGGACAAGGCAUGUACUGUUGUGAGAAAAUCAACUAAGUUGACAGUAAAGACUCCUAGAAAAGGGACAUUAACAACAUCUCCUUCCCAAGAAUCUCUUCCUGAGUCUUUGCCAGACAUACGUCAACGACUAUUUCCUGCAAUCCAGGAGCGACAGAUGCACGAUUCUAGUUCAGAUGAUGAGAGCUCAAGCCCGUAGCUUUCUGUUUAGGUGUCAGAGUACUUUGGAGCUAAUAUGGCUUGGAUAAUAGACUGCAAAAGUAUGUAUUUAACAAAUAUAUGAGGCCUAAAGUCUGCUUCAAAUACACCCCAGUUAGCGAACACAUGCUCUGGGAGAUAGAGGGACUAGGCAUUUGGCUUCAAUGCUUUCUUAGAGCCCUAGCACUAGUGGUAGGAAGAAUGGCUAUAGUAUAGAUGCCGUAGUUAUUGCUGGUCUACUACAACUAUCCACGGAGUUAAAUCACGACCUCUCAAUGUUUGUAGUCACAUUUGUCUAUAAAAUCUAACUAUUUCUCGACUAUGAGAUGGUAAUGUUACUGAUCUCCUCAAUGCUUGUUAAAUUAUUUUUAGUAUAUAUUGGAAGUUUAAGAAAGUUGGACCAGAUUUGCACAGUUGCAGCUUUUUGUUCUUCUAGUUGUAUCUUCUUUUUCUGGUUAAGAUGCAUGAUUGGUGAUUCA